AUGGCGGGUCAUUCCAAGUGGGCCAAUAUUAAGCAUCGUAAAGCAAAACAAGAUGCAAGUCGUGGUAAAGUCUUUACCAAAUAUAUCCGUGAAUUAACCACAGCAGCAAGACUUGGCGGUCCUGAUGUGGGAAGUAACCCUCGUCUACGUGCUGUUGUCGAAAAAGCACUUUCAGUGAAUAUGACACGUGACACGAUCAACCGUGCUAUCCAACGUGGUGCUGGUGGUGAAGACAACGAUGAUUUAAAAGAAGUCACUUAUGAAGGUUAUGGUGUGGGUGGUGUUGCGGUUAUCGUAGAAACCAUGACAGAUAACCUUAAUCGUACUGUGCCUGAUGUACGUACUGCGGGUUCAGUGGCAUACAUGUUUACCAAACGUGGUGAGAUUACUUUUGAAGAUGUUUCUUUGGAAGAUAAAAUCAUGGACGUGGCUUUGGAAGCUGGUGCUGAAGAUAUCGAAGUGAACGAAGAUGAAAUCUUAAUCUUGAUGAUGUUCAAAACAACCUUUGACAACCAGUUGAAAGGCGACAUCAUCACCAUUGAGCGAUUCCAACAUACACAGUUGAUCCGUUCUCAGUGUUGCUAA